AUGGACAAAAGUUACCAAGUCAUCCAUGGGUAUAGCCAGACCCCUGAUCAAAGAGCUUUUUGGAACUCAAGUGAAAAGGAUGCCCUCACCAUUCUGGCCUUGCAGAUUCUGCAGUGUUAUCCCGUUCCUGGUCCUGAAUUCCACAUUUCCUUCACACUCAUACAUUCUAGAAGUGAAAAUGUGGCAGGAUUGGCCCUUUUAGAUUACCCAGCACUAGCACAUCCAAACAGAAGGACAGGAAGUGGUAAUCCAACUCCAUUUGUAAGCCUCUUAGCUGAAAGAGAUCCUUAUGUUAGAAAUGUAAAAAUACCAGAAAGGGAGCAAUCUCAAGACUUUUCAGUACACAAAGAGGAUUUUCCUGCAUUGCCAGGCUCCAGCUUUAAAGAUCCAACAGAGAGUAAUGAGGACAGUGAAUCUAAUUUGUAUACACCUGGGAAGACAUCUUCAAGUCCAGAUGGACCUAAAUCCCCUGGAGAUGAAAUUUCAACAGCACAAAGCUACAACCAGCAGGAAAAAGGGAUCCAGGUGUUACCUGAUGGUCUGGUUACUAACAUUCCUCAAGGGAUGGUGAAGGACCAAUUUGGGAUGACUGGCUUGUUGGCAUUCAUUAGAGAAGCAAAGACAAACCCAGGAAUGGAACAUCAUGCAUUAGGAAGUGACUUUACAACACUAGGCCUCAAUCUCACCUCUCCUGAAAAUCUGUAUCCCAUGUUUGCAUCACCCUGGGCAUCUUCACCUUGUCAGCCUCAAGACAUAGACUUCCAUGUUCCAUCUGAGUACUUAACGAACAUUCACAUUAAAGAUAAGCUGCCUGCAGUAAACCUGGGCCUAUAUGGAGAAGAUCUACUCUUCUAUCUCUAUUACACGAAUGGAGGGAGACCCGUUACAGCUUUAGCAGCAGUAGACCUUUUUGACUGAGAUUUGAGAUAACGCAAAAAAGAACAAAUAUGGAUCACCAGGGUCCCAGGCCUGGAGCCAGCAGUGAAAACCAGUACAUAUGAGAGGGGAACAUAUUACUUCUAUGACUGUUUUAACUGGAGCAAAGUAGGUAAGGAGUUCCUUCUGGAAUAUGAUAAAUUAGAAGGAAGGCCUCAUAUGCCUUCAUCUGUCAAGUACAACCCUGCUCAGCACUCCUUCUAA